CCUCGCCCUUCUGGCCCCCCCCCCGCGCGCCAUGGCGUCCGCCGCAGCGGCAGAGUCCAACUGGGGCCUGAUCAUGAACAUUGUGAACAGCAUCGUGGGGGUGAGCGUGCUCACCAUGCCCUUCUGCUUCAAACAGUGUGGCAUUGUCCUGGGAGCCUUGCUGCUGAUUUUCUGUUCCUGGAUGACUCAUCAAUCCUGCAUGUACCUGGUGAAAUCGGCCAAUCUUAGCAAGCGUAGGACCUACCCAGGACUCGCAUUUCAUGCCUAUGGAAAAGCAGGGAAAAUGCUGGUGGAGACCAGCAUGAUUGGGCUGAUGCUGGGAACCUGCAUUGCUUUCUACGUUGUGAUUGGUGACUUGGGAUCAAACUUCUUUGCCCGGUUGCUUGGACUACAGGUAACUGGCAGUUUCCGCAUAAUCCUGCUGUUUGCUGUCUCCCUGUGCAUCGUCCUGCCAUUGAGCCUCCAGAGGAAUAUGAUGGCUUCCAUACAGUCGUUCAGUGCCAUGGCUCUGAUCUUCUACACGGUGUUUAUGUUUGUGAUUGUGCUCUCCUCUCUCAAACAUGGCCUCUUCGGUGGACAGUGGCUGAAACGGGUCAGCUACGUGCGCUGGGAAGGCCUUUUUCGCUGCAUUCCCAUCUUUGGCAUGUCUUUUGCCUGCCAGUCCCAGGUCCUGCCGACCUACGAUAGCCUGGAUGAACCGUCCGUUAAAAUAAUGAGCUCCAUAUUUGCUUCUUCCCUAAACGUGGUCACCACCUUCUAUGUUACGGUGGGCUUCUUUGGUUACGUGAGCUACACUGACGCCAUCGCGGGGAACGUGCUCAUGAACUUCCCCUCCAACCUGGUGACCGAGAUGAUUCGCGUGGGGUUCAUGAUGUCGGUCGCUGUUGGGUUCCCCAUGAUGAUUCUGCCUUGCCGGCAGGCACUCAACACCCUCCUAUUUGAGCAGCAGCAAAAAGAUGGCACCUUUGCCGCGGGGGGUUACAUGCCGCCCCUUCGAUUUAAAGCCCUCACGCUGGCGGUCGUGUUUGGAACCAUGGUCGGAGGCAUCAUGAUCCCGAAUGUGGAGACCGUGCUGGGCCUAACAGGUGCUACCAUGGGAAGCCUCAUCUGCUUUAUCUGCCCAGCUCUUAUUUACAGGAAAAUCCACAAGAAUGUCCUUUGCUCACAGAUCAUCUUGGGCAUCGGCCUGGGGGUCCUCGUGAUCAGUACCUACACCACCCUCUCGGUGACGGAGGACACGCCCGGGAAAACGGCAGCCGUGGAACUGACCGACCCGCUGAAAGAAGCCAAGAAUGGAAUUGACCCAGAUUCUGUCAAAAUACCAGUGCAGGAGCCUGCUGCCGAGGAGGCAGGGGACGGCCGCGACAAGCCCAAGCUGCCGAAUGCCAAGGAGGAGAUGGAGCAGCCGCAGAUCAAGGUGCCCAUGGACGUGCCCAAGAGAGACGAACCAAAGGAAAAGCAGCAGCAGGAGGAAGUGCAGCUCGACCGGCCCGACCAGGGAAUCGCUUUACCUGUGGGAGAAGCCCACCGCCACGAGCCGCCUGUCCCCCAUGACGCGGUGGUAGUAGACGAGGGGCAGGACCGGGAGGAAUCCGAGGAGAAGAAACCUCCACGUGACGACGCCAAGGCAAAUCUGCCCGAGAAGGCGGCCCAGCUGGAGCCCAAGAGAGAGGAGCCCAACGCGGAGCCAGGAAAGGAAGCUGGGGACCAGAACCUGCCCCAGAAAGAACAGGACAGUCCCCUCGACCACCGGCAGAAUGCCCCGGAGGGGCGCCGAGAUGGCCGGCCGCUGUACAAAGAUCUGGAGGCAGGCAAGCAGCCGGUCGAGGCAAGGUCGCCAGCUGUCCCGCCGGAGGGCAAGAAGAGGGCAGAGGCCGCAGCAGGAAGGGAGGAUGCGAAUCUGCCGCAGCCUGGGAACAUCCCGGAGGCUGGGAAAUCAGAGAAGGAAACGGACCCAGUUGUCAGGUUGAAUAUAAACUGUGGUGUCUGGGGGGGAGGAGGGCAGAAGCAGCUACUGGACCAGCAGGCGAAGCUGCUGGCUGUGACUGAAGAGCAGCACAAGGAAAUCCACCAGCAGAGGCAGGAGGAGGCAGGGGACGAGAAGCCAAAACCAGCAGAAAUACCGCAGGAGCCUGGCCUGCCGCAGGCGAAGAGCAAGGAGGAAGAGCACCAAGAUGUUAACGCCGAUGCUGCUGCACAGCACCCUCCAAAGCAGAUUCUGAACCCGCCUCAGGCAGCGCUGGGUAAUCAGCCUGUUCACUCAGAGCAGCACCCAGGGAAUAUCGAUCCUCCGGACGAGGCUGGGCACAAAGUUCCUGUUAGUGUAGACGGGCCUGGCGUGCCUGAGGCCCCGCCCAACGGUGGGAAGGUCCCACAAAAGGUGACCAAAGAUGUUAACGCUCGAGAGAGCUUAGAGGAGCCGCUUCAUAGCGAUGACUCGCAGCAGGCUGAUGCCAUGGGACGUCCAGAGAAGAUGCCCUCGGCCAAGGAGGCAGGAGGAGGCCAUGAAGUCAGAGCUGCGGGAGAGCCCCAAGAGAAGAAUGUCCUGGAAGCUGGAAAAGUGGCGGCAGAUGCUGACACCCAGAGAGAGCUGCCGAGGGCUGCCAAAGCUCAGGAGGCAGCAGGGAAGGCACCGCAGCGAGCCUUCGGUGCAGACUCUAAAGCCAAACCAGCAAGUAAAGAGGAGCCCAAAGAGCUGGAGUUUCCACGUCACCCUUCAGACAAAGGGCAGGGGGUGGAGAACGUGCAGCCUCAACAGGAACAUCCGCGAACUGGCAAUGGCGACGGGGCCGAUGGAGCUGGCAGCAGACAGAGGCAGGCCGCCCGGGGGGAGCAGGCCAGCGAGACGGAGGCUGAGAGAGAGGUGCUUCGGCAAAGGGCGGGGGAUGUGGAGCAGGGUCUUCAGGGCAGCCACUUGGACAAGCCGAAGGAUGCAAAACUUCUCAAAGAUCCCGCCGAGAAGAAAGCCCUGGAGAACGACGGUGCCUUAAAGCGUGAGAAGGGAGCUGCCCCCCUUCUGGAUCAGAAAGCGGAGCAGGAGAACGUCAAACCAAACCGGGACUUGAAACUGCAAGCGGACACGGACCUGCGGAGGAGGAGACGGGACCUGCCGCCUCCCCUGCGGGAGGAGACUGAGGGCGUCCUCAUUGGUCUCAACCCCCUCCCAGACGUGAGAGUGAACGACCUGCGCAGCGCCCUGGAGACGCGCUUCAACCAGGCAGUGGGAGGCGCCCAGCAGGUGGUUCACAGUCGGCAGAUCAAACAAAUAGCGGAGGAGGUGUGAAGCCUUACUCCGGUGGUGGUCGAGGCAUUGUCACCCCGUGCCAAGCUGACAUCCGCGCUAGCAAACGCGACCGUUUGCUGACAGUCUAACUCAGACUGGUUCCCAGCAGCCCUGGGGCGGAUUCUGACCUCCUUGUGCUCUCCAGGGAACCGGGGGCCACCCUGGCCUGUCCGUUUCCUUCAGUGCUAACGUCCUGCCUGUGUUGGUCAUUGGGGCGUCUGUCUAGUCAGCGCCCCGAAAGAGACACACCAACGGCCUCCGGCUUUCCAUGGCCCUCCCCGUUUGCAGAGGAUGUCCGGUGCUUCCUUCCUGGUGAAUUGCCCUGUUCGUCCAGCCCCCAUUUCCCUGUUCAGUAGCAAGGCACGUCCUGGGCUUCUCAAACCCUCUCCUGGCAAAUGUGCUGAGUUGCUUGGUCCAACGUCUGUAGGCCUUGAGGGGGAACUCGCCACGGCUCCACUUCUCCUGGACUGUGGCCAUCUGCCUGGGGAAUACGUCCACGAGGCCUGGGCUAGCCCAUUGCUGGGGUACGUGUUCCUCAGUGGGAAGCUGUCCCCGUCAGUCUUGCCCGUGGAAUAUCCGUGCGGGCUGUCAGAUGCUGCCUUAGCGGCACAACAGCAACCACUGUGCUGCCUCUUCCUCCCAGGGAUCCUUCAUUUGGCCACCUCCUAGCACUAACGAGCGCUUCACCUUCGCCGCAUGUGAACAUUCCCAUUGUGCUUUCCACCACACGAGUAUUCCUGCCCAACGCGCACCCAGGGGCGCAGGCUGGGAACUGCAGGCUCCCAUCUUCCCCUCCAAAACAGCGUGAGCCGCGCUACACAAAGUAGCGGAUAUCAGGAAACGAAACUGUGUGAUUGAAAGGGGCCGUCUCCACGAGGGCUGGCUCAGCUGUACCUCUCUCUCGUCUCCCCCGGCUGAGCGCACGGAACGUUUGGUCUCGUUGCAUCUGACAGAGCAGCUCUUUGAUGUGUGAUUAAAUCCAUUGAGGCUGGUAAUCAAGUUACUUGGGUCACGUAGUCACGAGCAGAGGAAGUGAACACUUCCUGAGAGAAGUGGUUUGUGGCAAGAGUCCAAGAGACAGGGAUCAGUCGUCCAUUUGGAAGUGUGGUAAAUGAGAUCCCUUGAUUGCCAAAUGUAGGAAAAAAUCCCCAAGCUUUCACUAGAAUGAUUGAAAUUCCCCCUGCCACGAGCCUGGGGGCCUCCCACUGCUCCUUCCGCAACAGCCUCUUUUAGUCCUUAGCAGAUCAACCUCCCGCAAGCAGGAAGUAAGUAACUUGUGAUGGGAGCUGGGUACCAGGAGAGAAACCCACUCGGGGCGACUGCCUUCAGCAUAGAGAACUCUGAAAAUGGCGGGAGCACAUAGGACUUGUCUUUCAAGUCAGCCUGUUAUCUGAUGUGCUUAAAUCUUCCCCGGGGGCAGCGGUAUGUCGUCAGGAGGGGUGUUGUAGAGAAGAUUGUCAUAGCCAGUCUCCGCUACCCCGUCUCAAAGCACAGUUAACCUGUAGCGGGGACUCUUGUAAAUUCUGUUCCGGGGCAGGCGGCCUCCUUGCGAUUGUUUGGGACUGUCAGAUGCAGGAGACCCUAGCCGGCCUGGCACAUGCUUUCAGUGCGGCAGUCGCCUCUGCUAGCGGCCAACUCUAAAGUCAGCCCCUGUGCAAGAACUAGCCCUUCACAGCUAUCAAGGAGUUCUGGAGGGGAACUAAGUGCCCUGCCCGGCCCUGCUUGCACCGAGCGUGUGCACAGGGAUCUCCCCUGGCCUCUGUCAGCUGUUGGGAACCUGCCUGGUGCCGGAGCAGUUUCUCUUCCACGUGAGCAGCAGGCUAGGGUGACGGGCCUGGAGCGGUGACCAUGUGCUGCUGCGGGGAUGCCUGCUGACCACAAAGGGACCAAAGAUAUUUUAGACAUUCCUCAGCACUUGCAAUGGGCCAGUGUUGAUGGAUUUUUGUUGUGAAUGAGACAUUCCCAGCUGGACAAAAGCAGGGAACUUUCUUACCUCUACGUGCGAGGACCAGCUUGGGUUUGUAGUGCUCAGGGGAAAGGGGAGGAGGGGCCAAGCCAGGCAAAUCAAUAAAAUACGUUCAAAGCA